CUUGACUUGUGCAUCCCCUCACAUUCAUCAUGGGCGACAUUACCUUAGAUGGGGCUAUUGCGCUUCUGGCUUCGGAGAAGCUCAGAGAGCGCUCAGACGGGCUUGCUGAUCUAAAGCAUAUACUCCUGAAGAAUAGAAGAAACUCAAAAUUAAACUCACUUAAUGACAAAGCCUGUCACAAGAUCUUUGAGUCAUUAUUCCGGUUUGUAUCGGUUGAGAAGUCUCAAUACAAUCGGUCCAAUUCCAAGGGAGCUUCUGCAAGUCGCUUGUCAUCCUGUGCAUCUGUCCUUCGAAUCGCUGUUGAUGUUUUCCUGCGCAAUCUGCGCACGAAGUCCGUUCGUGCAAUCGUUGAUCACAUUACCGAUACUCUGCUAGGCCGUGGAAGCGACUCGCUCUUUGAACUGCUUAGUGUGGACUACGCUAAAUGUUUGGUCAUGCUCCUGCGCCAUCCUCCCCACCUCGAGCAUCUUGCUCUUAGUGAAUGGGAGAAAGUCAUGGACUUUUGUCUAAAAAGUAUUAGUGCUCACACUGAUCAGGAGGGUCUUACGAUUCGAGAGAGGCAUUCUUCCUUCUUGGAUGGGUAUCUCUCUGCUGGAGGCAGGGCCUCCACACCGGCCAGAUCAACUCCCAUGCCCACUGCGAGCGAGAAGCCAAAAGGUGACACCAGCGCGGCCACGGAAGCUGUUGUCUGUAUCCAGCUUUUGGUCGGGAGUCCGAGCGCCCCAAUUCAGGAAGCAGCCGAGCGUGUACUUCAUGGGCUCACAAAGUUCGUGGGGUCAUCGAUGAUCGCUGGGAGUGGACACCAAGCUGCGUUCGCUAGCGUAAACACAGUUGUCAUGAAGAUUUUAUUCGAUCAAUCUGAACUUGCGAGGUCGUCGCUUCUAGACAUCGUACCGGCAAUUAGACGUUUUUGGGCAACUAAGUUUUUAGGUCUGAAAGAUGAGAUGCUUGUCACUGUUAUGCUGUGUGCAGUUAUCUUAAUUGAUGCCACCCGGAGAGAUCCAUCGGAGUCAAUUGCGCGUGUGAUUGAGGAACUCUUGGAAACCCUGUAUACGGAGUAUACCAAACGUUCUGAAAAGGAGAUUUUACAGCUGGAUGAAUUAAUGUUCCACCACAGUGGCUCUGAGCAACAGCAAGAAUACUCAGCAUGGCCGCGUUUUGAAGGUGCCAGAUCUGAACACAAUUGGACGACGCUAUGGAUUAUAGCCAAGUUACUCGAACUAGCAGAGGAGUUACGCGAUCAGUCGUUACUGUAUCCCACAUCCGGAGAGGCUGCAACCAAAAGGCAGCGUCUCGCCUCGCAUAUAGAAGAUAUAUUUCGUGAUUCAACGGUGUCUUCUGGAAUGAGGAGGCUAUAUGCUCUCCAGCUAAUACCUUUUCUCCCUAGGAGCUACGCCACCGCCGAGUCAAAACUCUCUCUGCUCGAGCGAUUGCUUCCCCAUAUAAUGGAUGAUAAUGCCACAACGGCUUCCUGGACAAUGGUAGCGAUUGCAAGUAUUGCUUGUAGCUCUGAUGCAAGCUCUCAAUCGCUGAGACAUUGCUGGCAGCGCGCAUGGGACAUGGCGUCCCAUGUCUCUCCUUCUCAAGCAACAGCCAGAGCUGCUUGCCACCUGUUGAACAUUAUACUUCAGCGUAGUCUUCUAGACUACCAAAUAGUCGCGCAGGCAACAAGCUCCAUGCUCACGUCAAUCAAUACAAAUGGCCCCUCAACCAUCUCCGAUUCAUCACUGGCAUUUUGGGCGACAUUACUUCGGAUCACCUCGCAAAUAAACCCGGGCUUAGUACCAGAUGCCUCCAACAAAAUUUGUUCCUGGUUGAGGGAAACUUGGGGAACCGGUUCUCUAGCCGAUCGGUUACAGAUAGCCCAAGUUGCAAUGUUCGCACGUCCUUUAGACCUUCUGAACAUGCUCUUUGCAUGUGCCAACAGGCCCUUCACAUUACCCAAGGCCCGUUACAUAGGCCCGGUAGGACUCAUUGCUAGAGGUUGGCACUUUUAUCUCAAGAACAAACGGCUCCUCAACUAUAUCUUUGACCUUCAAGGGUCGUUGGAUUUGGCCGAAUACUGGGAGCCGCAGGAGACUUUGUCCCUGGAGAGGUUUCCUCGACAAGACUCUAGUGACAAUAUCGCCCUUGAUCUGCUGCAAACAAAAGUUGAGGGACUUCUACAGACCUGGGAAGCACUAUCUGAAGACAAAACACACCAUAUUACUGUAGAUCUAGUGCAAAUCGUCACAUCAUCUUGUGUCACUAUUGCAUUAUAUAUGGCAUGUCUCCCUCAGCAAUCUGCAAACCGUGCGUCUGUCAUACAGCAAAACAAUCAAAGUCUUUGGGAAAAGCUGUGUUCUUUCCUCGCUUCUCGAGAACCCGCCUUUAUUCACGCAAGCUUGAUGACUCUGACUCCCCUACUUGUGCCCAAUGCACUCCUUCCUCGUUCCAGUCCGGCUCUCAUAAAUGCUCUCUCCAGUCUGGUUCCCUCCCUCGCCAAUUUACUGGAAAGCUACAGGGAAAAGCAGAAAGAAGUUUUACUCUUGAGCAACGAAGAGGCUAUGGAUUUGGAUGAUCCUAUCCUCACUACCUACGACCAAUCGACGGAGCUCGUGCAUAUUUUCAGUAGAAAUCGUGAAACAUCGCACGUACUUCAAGAUAUUGCAACCUUACAGCGCAGCAUCACCAUCUACUUAUCCAUCUUUCAGAGGAUACAUGCCUCUUCCAUCUCUUCUGACCAUUCCUUCCAUGAUGAUCUUAUCGAAUAUCUGACCGGUUUCGACGAGUUUGACAUUCUCUCGGCGCAGAAUUUCUUACCGCAUGUAUAUCGCGCAUGUGUAUGCGAUGGGGUGGAACGGCAUUCUUUGCUAAGAAUACUCGAAGACCUUGGUGAGAAAUGCUUGCAGUCAUACGAAAUGGAGCGCUGCGAAAGCUCUCACGUACUUUGUUUACGCAUGAUGGGCAGCUUUGUUGAAAUGUGGACCGGCUCAGAAGAUGACGAUUUUCAUGCUUCAGCGACCGACAUUUACUCUUGGUUUACCGAGGUGCUUCUAGCUAAGAAAUUGGCCUCCACAUCAGUACUUAUCGAGUUUACACAGCUUCUGAGUGACUUACUUUCUCACAACGUCACGUAUUCCAGCGGUUCGUCUAGCCCGUCACCUAGAACGAGUCUAUUCACCAUUAUUCGAGAAGGAGACGCCGUAGCCAAGUUCUAUGCUGGGGAGCUCAUCCCUUCACUUUUCGGUCAGUUUUCUCUCACGGAACAUGAUCUGAUCCUAGACGACGUGUUGGAAAGUCUUCCCCGAGAUUCAGACUGGGAUGAAGGUAUCGCUUUGCGCUUGGUUAUUUUGGCUCGUCUCGCUUCCAGAUGGCACACUCUGCUCCGGAGAAGCAUCUAUCAUAUGUUUGAGACCGCUGCCAAGGUCCCAAACUCACUUCGCUAUGCGGAAAACUGCCUGCGGGACGUUGCACAAACACUGGGCCUUGAAGAUGCAAAGCAACUUUUUCGACUGUUUUCGUCCCAAAUAGUUUACACUUGGACUGAGGAACAAUCCGUUAUGCGCAUGCCUUUCAGCAUCUUUGGAUACAAGAGUCUCAAAGAGAUGCUUAUAGACGUCCAGGAUGAGAUAAUUGGGCAGGUGAUGAUGCGCGCAAAUGAAACCGAGGGAGCAAAGCUUUCGGCUUGCACCAAAGUGCCUUUUGAUCACCUCGUAGUGGACUCUUUUUGGAAGGCAGAGGCAUACAGUAUAGCAUGGGAUAUCAGUACUCCUCCUGAACAGGGAAGCCAACCACGAGGUGUGGAGAACCGAAUGAAGAAGCUACUGGGGACCGACAAAUUCGUGUCUCUGAUUGAAUCUCACUUUCCGCAAAUGAUAGCAAUUUUCUUUGGCACACUGGAUCAAUACGAACAGAUCGAGAGGGCGUUUCUGAAGCGCGAGGGCUUUGAGGACCCGCAUGCAGUCCUAAAACGUAUAAGCGAGAAGAGUACUUCUGAUAUCAUUUUGCCUGCAAAUCAGCAGCCUUCUUUCAGGGCGCGUUAUCUCCUGGACGAGCUUGAGUUCCUCUGCAAGCGGAGUGGAUAUGACCUUGGGACCAUAUGGACCCCCACCUUGGCAACUUAUGUGUGUCGAACGCUCUUAGAAUCAAUUCAUCCCGCCCUUGGCUCUCUACAUGCUUGCUCAGUUAUCCGAAAAAUCAGGAUACUCGUGAGCAUUGCUGGGCCCGUGAUGCUGAGCGACUACCCGUUUGACAUGGUGAUACACGCCCUUCGACCAUACUUGGUUGACAUCUUCUGCGCGGAAGACACACUGGGUAUCUUCUGGUACCUGUUAGAAGCCGGGAAGGCUUAUCUAUGUGAAAACCCGGGCCUCAUGGCCGGGAUCGCGGUCACUACCCUCUUGUCGCUGAGACGAUUUCUAGUUGCUCCUCCGACAGAAACAGCUCAGUCUGGUCUAGUCGAAACUGCCGUGGCGAAGAUAAAACUCUUUCUCGAUUGGUUUGGAAGCUACCUGGAAACAUAUGAACCCGAUGGUCUCAAGCCUGAGAAGAAUGAGCUCUUCAGACGUCUGGUUGCUUCUUCUCAGGGCAUCAACCCUGCGAAUGAGGGCUCCGAAGGCAGUAAAGAGGAACAUGAUUUGCUCCUAGAAGUUCUCAAAGACCAAAAUUCAAAAACAAGCCUGUUAAGUGGCCCAAUUGCCGAUCACGUCAUAUCAUUGUUAUGCACCGAGAGCAAGCAAUCUCCUGAAACCCAUCUCAAUGUCUCUGGUGACGAUCAGGUUGUCAUGUCACAUGCUGUUGCUAUUUGCCAAACCCUGCAAAAGUUUGACCCAGGUACCGAGUACAAGCUUUGGGCAGCUAGAGUCAUUGGGAGAGCGUUCGCUACCACAGGCAAAAUCAGUGACAUCCUCCUAAGAGAACAAGAUCCGAAACUUUUCGCAGUCCAAUCAUCUCAGUCACUGCCGAGCCCAUUUCAUCGCUCGAAGGCUAGCAUACUCAUGGCGCUUUGCAGUAUGCUACAAAAUAGCAGUCAUAUGGAAGUCGGGCUUGUUGAACGUACAAUUCAGCUCAUUGUCAGCAAUCUUGGGAGUUCCCCGGAGUUUGAACCCUGCGGAAGAAUAGUACCCUCGACGCUUUUGAAGGCUUUCACAUGGAGCCCUUACCAAUGCCCGGAAAUGCCCAUGCCAACCUCAGUGGCAGAAAGCCGAACUGCCCUUACUUGGGAUCCAGAUAUUUCAGUUGGACGAUUCGCUCGCAGUAUCGCUUUGUUUUUGUCGGACUCGGCUUCAAAAGAUCCAGUCAUUGGACCUUUGCGCACCAUUCUGUGCGUUAUACCUGACUUAGCAGUUCAAAUCCUACCAUACAUUCUUCAUGACGUCCUGCUGGCGGAAGAUGAUGGGAAGGUAAACAUUCGCAAGACAAUCUCGGAGAUUUUCGGACAAGUGCUACGGCAAGUUAAGGACCAGACUAUUCCUCAUGCACGGCUAGUGAUAAACUGCAUCCUCUAUCUCAGGAACCAACCGAGACCAGAGGAGUCGACCAUAGUGGAAAGAGACGAGUGGCUUGAUGUUGACUACACAGAAGCAUCGUCGGCUGCCAAUAAGUGCCGAUUACCCAAAACAGGAUUGCUCUUCCUGGAAAUAUCUGCAUCGCGCGUAGCCUCUACCUCACGUCGCUCAUCCGUUGCAAAAUCUGAAGCGGCACCGGAGAUACUGCAUGAGAUAUUCCGCAAAAUCGACGAUCCAGACGUUUUCUAUGGUAUCCAGCAGGAUUCAUCGUUGGAGGCUGUUAUGGAUAGACUCGAGCACGAAAGCUCAGGGUUCAAAAAUCUGUUGUUCCAGAGCGCGCACUACGAUAGCGAGAUACAAAUGGGGGAAAGCGCCAAUGUCCAUGGCGUCUUGAAAGCCCUCAAUUCUACAAACCUUCAAGGCAUUGCCAAUUCAGUUUUCGGCAUCUCUGGCAGCUCCCGCGAUACGUCGGGCUCAUUUGAAAGCAUGCUGCAAACCGCAAAAGAUUUGCGACGAUGGGAUAUACCUGUUUCCCCAUUGAGCCCUUCACCUUCAGCAUCCGUAUUUCGGGCUUUCCAAAGUCUUAACAUAUCUGGAACGCUCAAUGAUGUUUUUGCUUCUAUUGACGAGUGUCUUUUAUCCAGCUUAGAUCUACUAACAAGCACUAGUCGUUCAGCAACAUCCUUGCGCACAGCGAUGCGGAAUUUGGGUGUAAUGACUGAAGUUUGUGAUGUACUGAGCUCUGCAUCAACUGAAGACAUAAACAACCAGUGGCAAACCAUGGUGGACAGGGACUCCUGGCUCAAGACAACAAGUGUUAAUGAUGUCGGCGAAAUAUUGACUUGUCAUGAGGCUUUGUUCUCAUCAAUCAAAAAUAAAGACUUCUUGAAGACUGCCGUCAACAUAAGUGAUCGUGACGCUCAAUUACUGGAAGUGAAGGUCAUCCGUCAAUCACUCAAAGUGGCGCGAGACCAUGGUAUCUCACAGGCCUCCUUGAAAUCAGCUGUAUGCCUUUCGAAGCUUGCACACAAUUGCAGCACCCUAGGUAUCAACAUCGAAGGUGCCGCGAAGUUUGAUCUGGCCAAUGUUCUAUGGGAUCAAGGAGAGAUGGCAGCGUCGAUCCAAAUUUUGCAGCAGCUUAGGGAACGGAAUGAUUUGCAUAAACAAGCUAUUCCGAUAAGCCGUGCAGAACUUCUUGUGACCCUGGGCCACCACGUUGCUGAGGCGCGUUUGGAAAAGCCGGAUACUAUCGUUCAAGAUUACCUGUCUGCCGCUGUCAAGGAGCUCAAAACCCGCUCGCUCGGCGAAGAUGUUGGUCGAGUCUACCAUGGCUUUGCCAUGUUCUGCGACCGGCAGUUACAGAACCCAGACGGCUUAGAAGACUUCAGGCGGAUUGAACAACUUCGCGACCGUAAAGAAAGGGAGAUACACGCGCUCGAUGACAUGAUGAAAUCGGCCCAUGGAAAAGAAAAGGAGGCUCUCAAAUACCAUCGGGCGAAAACCAAGCAGUGGUUUGAUCUUGAUGAUCGCGAAUAUCAGCGUCUGCGGCGCAGUCGCGAGGCCUUCCUUCAACAAUGCUUGGAGAAUUACCUCCUUUGUCUGAAAGAGAGUGAAAGUUUUAACAAUGAUGCGCUCCGAUUCUGCGCAUUAUGGCUGGACAAAUCUGCCAGCACCAUUGGAAACAUGGCAGUUUCCAAGUAUAUCAGCCAAGUCCCAAGCCGGAAGUUCGCACCCUUGAUGAACCAACUUACCUCCCGUCUGUUGGACGUUUCGGAUGAGUUCCAGAAAAUGCUCUUCGCCUUGAUCUUUCGCAUCUGUGUCGAGCAUCCGUAUCAUGGCAUGUACCAAAUAUUUGCUAGCAGCAAAUCCAAGGGCGGCAAAGACCAGUCAGCCCUGUCUCGGAACAGAGCAGCUGGAAAGCUGGUGGAUUGUUUGAAGAACGAUAAACGCAUGGGACCAACCUGGGUGGCUGUUCAUAAUGCAAACAUCAGCUAUGUGCGGUUUGCCGUCGAAAAACCAAACGACAAGUACAGAAGUGGCGCCAAAGUUCCCUUGAAAAAGCUUUCAACCGGAGAACGGCUCGAGCAGGAUGCCGCAACACAGCGCCUACCGCCGCCUACUAUGAAGAUCGAUAUACGCGUUGACUGUGACUACAGCGAUGUCCCGAAGCUGGUGAAGUAUAACCCCGAGUUUACCAUUGCCUCGGGUGUUAGCGCGCCAAAAAUUGUCACCGCCAUUGCUAGCAAUGGAUCGCGCUACAAGCAAUUGUUCAAAGGAGGAAACGAUGACUUGCGCCAGGACGCUAUCAUGGAACAAGUCUUCGAGCAAGUCAGCAGCCUCCUCAAAGACCAUCAGGUCACUCGCCAGCGGAAUUUGGGCAUUCGCACGUACAAAGUGCUGCCUCUCACAUCGAAUGCAGGCAUCAUAGAGUUUGUUCCUCACACGAUCCCGCUGCACGAUUUCUUGAUGCCAGCACAUCAACGAUACUUUCCGAAGGACAUGAAACCAAACGUGGCCCGGAAGCAUAUCGCAGAUGUUCAGACCCGAUCAUUUGAACAGAGAGUGCGAACGUAUCGACAGGUCACUGAGCACUUCCAUCCAGUCAUGAGGUUCUUCUUCAUGGAGAACUUUAAUAACCCCGAUGAUUGGUUCAGCAAACGGCUGGCCUACACACGGAGCACCGCCGCCAUCUCCAUCCUGGGCCAUGUUCUGGGACUCGGGGACCGACACGGCCACAAUAUUCUAUUGGAUGAGCGAACAGGUGAAGUGGUGCAUAUCGAUCUGGGUGUAGCAUUUGAGCAAGGGCGAGUUCUGCCCGUCCCGGAGGUCGUUCCUUUCCGAUUAACCCGCGACCUGGUCGACGGCAUGGGCAUUAGCAAGACCGAGGGGGUCUUCCGACGGUGUUGCGAGUUUACGCUGGAGGCCUUGCGCGAGGAGUCCUAUAGCAUCAUGACCAUUCUCGAUGUGCUGCGGUACGACCCGCUGUAUAGUUGGACUGUGUCGCCUCUUCGAAUGAAGCGAAUGCAAGAUGCACAGGAAGCUGAUGGGGGUCCUCCGAUGAUCCCUGGAGCCAACAACGAUCAAGAGUCGACAAAUGAGCCCAGCGAGGCUGAUCGUGCAUUGACAGUUGUCGCGAAGAAGCUUAGCAAGACGUUGAGUGUAACAGCAACAGUCAACGAAUUGAUUCAGCAGGCCACUGAUGAGAAGAACCUUGCUGUUCUUUAUUGUGGCUGGGCUGCAUACGCGUGAAUCAGUCUUUCUUCUGGUGCAUCUUUCCCACACAAAAUCAGAUCUGUAAAUCUAAUGGCAUAUUUUGUUCUUACUGUAACUAUUGAUGUGUGGAUCAUCUACGAGAUAGCGUC